UGUAAAACAAAACUUUUGCGCCUCAUCUGACGUCGAUUCGCAAGAGCAGAACCCGCGGUGUUUGCCAAGGGCGCUGAUGACAGCUGACAAAGGCCGAACCCACGGCAAUCUGUGCCUGUGAUUGGUUGCAUCGUCGGAUGCUUGUGUCUUCUUCCAGCAUGACUGACAUGUUCAAAACUGUUGUCAUACCAUGGCGAUAGCUCCAUUACUUUAUGCAUCAUCACUUGGAAAGAUCGCAUUGCUUGAAUCAUGGCCAGCCAGGACGAAGCCAGACCGCCGUUCCCGCCCUUCACCGAGGAAACCGCGAGGAUCAAGGUGAAGGCAGCCCAGGAUGGAUGGAACUCCAAAAACCCCGCAAAAGUGAAGAUGGCUUACACGCCUGAUUCCGUCUGGCGCAACAGAGACACUUUUCUCCAGGGUCGAGAUGAGAUUGAGCAAUGGCUCACCAAGAAGUGGGAGAAGGAGAAUGGAUACCGGUUGCGCAAGGAGCUGUUCGCCUUCACUGAUAACAAGAUUGCCGUUCAAUUCUGGUACGAGUGGCAUGAUGAGUCGGGACAGUGGUGGCGGACGUAUGGUCUCGAGGAUUGGACCUUUGCCGAGAGCGGGCUUAUGCGCAAGAGACAGAUGAGCGGGAACGAUGUCAAAAUUGAAGACGCAGAGAGGUGGUUCCGGGAUGGCGUUGAUGUGAAUACCGUUGAUAUCUCUGAGAGGCACUGGUAAAAUCUGUCCCCUGUGCCAAGACAUUGUCUGAACUGCAAAGAUCCGAAUCCUUCCCGUAGACUAGUACCGGUAGGGCACGACUUCCAAUGAUUCGUGGUAUGGCUCGUAUUCCUGGCGGCAGGGCUUUUGUCUCGAAGUAGUAAGUCUAGAAUCCUCUCGGCUGACACCUGUGCAUCUGUUGGAUAAAUCUAUCUAGUGUAAAAUCACUGUCGAAAAUGCGCCAUCGUGUCUCGAGGUUUGGGGAAAUGUUAUCAAUCAGAUGGGGAGUGAGACAGGCACAUAUCUUGUCAAGAUAUUCCACAGGAGGCCAAUGUUCUAAAUACCAAAAACAGGCGUAAACAUGACUAGCAAGCCGCCCACGAGGAAUUCGCGAGUUCUCCACGAGGGGGGAAGUGUGUGCGACUGCCCUCU